AUGGAAGAAGCUCUCCUGCCCAUUGCAAACGUUGCCCGUAUCAUGAAGGGCACGCUUCCGGAGUCUGCAAAGAUUGCAAAAGACGCGAAGGAGUGCGUGCAGGAGUGUGUGUCAGAGUUCAUCGCGUUCAUCACAAGCGAAGCGAGCGAGAAGUGCCAACAGGAGAAGAGAAAGACCGUCAACGGUGAAGACAUCUUGCACGCUAUGCAGCAGCUGGGAUUCGAGAACUACGCUGAGGCGCUGAAGAUCUACUUGGCUAGAUAUCGACAGGCAAACAAAACGGACAAGGGAGAAGGGCCGUCUCGACGUGGCCGGGCCGGUACCGAAACGGAAGACACGUAUAUGGACGAGCAGUACGAAGAUGAUGAUCUGUAUGCUCAGCAAGAGUAUGACGACAGUCAGGAACAGACCCCUCAGGAAGUGCAAAGCUAUGGGCACUAUGAUCAAGGUCAAGGUUACUAA